AUAGCACCGCUACCAGUGCGUUGUAGAGAGUCGAAUUGAGCGUAUCGCACACCACCCGAUCGAGGGGGCCCCGAGAAUAUAAUCAAUAGAGGAAAAUCAAAAUGUUCGCCUUAUCUACGUUCCUAAGUUUUGUGGGUUUCUACGCAAUGGCUUGUUAUCUAUACGAGCAGUUGAGAACGCCGUUCAGACUUAUCAAGGUUCGAUGGUGCUCCAACGAGAAGGAUCGACCUUCUCUCAAGGAACGGUUUGGCGAAUGGGCUGCCAUCACGGGAAGCAGCGAUGGCAUUGGCAAGGAAUACGCAAAGGAGCUGGCACGACAAGGAAUCAAUGUGGUUCUAAUCGCAAGGAAUCAGGAGAAACUUCAGGCAGUUGUUAAAGAAAUUGAAAGCGAGUCCAAGGUGCAGACCAAAAUAGUGAUAGCGGACUUUACCAAGGGUGCGGAGGUCUAUCCGCAUAUAGAAAAGGAAUUGGCAAAUCUACCUAUUGCCAUUCUGGUCAACAAUGUGGGAAUCGGAACACCUGCAGCUAUCCAUAAAUGGAGCCAGGAGUCGACCCAGAAUAUAAUAGAGACCAAUAUAAUGGCCGUUUCGCAGCUGUCGCGUCACUUCUUUCAGCGCAUGAAGGCCGAAAAGAUUAAGGGAGCCAUCGUGAAUGUCAGCUCGGGAACAGAACUCCAACCGCUUCCCUAUGGGGCCUACUAUGCCGCUUCCAAGGCGUAUAACCGCAGCUUCACGCUGGCCCUGCAGUGCGAGGCCGCCCCAUAUGACAUCCAUGUCCAGCUGCUGUCUCCCGACUUUGUCGUCACCAAAAUCAACUCCUAUUCGCGGGCCAUCAUGAAGGGGGGCCUCUUCAUACCCUCGGCGGAAGUCUAUGCGCGCAGUGCCGUCAAUCAGCUGCGAGAUGGUGUGGAUGAGACACCUGGUUACCUUUGGCAUCAUGUCCAGACUGCUGUGAUGCUGGCCGUCACCUGGCGGAUUCGUCGUUUCUUUGCUCUUAAGCUGUUUAAAAGCCUGAAGUAGCAAAUCCUCUUUAAAUCCUGCCCAACAAUCGGUUCACCAUCAUAAUGUUGAUAAAUACAUAUAUUAUUGAUAA